ACGUGCAUAGCACGUUUCUAAAGCUAGGGCUAAAAUAAGCUUUCGUCGCUGUGGACUAUUCGAUCGAAUCGCAGGCGAAGGAGAAGAGGGGCAGCGCAGCACACAAAGGGAAAUGAUGGCGGCUGCGAAACGGAUGGUCUCGACGACUUCGCUGCUGCUAUGGCUGGUGCUCUUCGUGAGCACCCUCGGACUGAUCCAGGCCAAAGCAUCCAAGGAGGAUCUGAAGGAAGUAACGCACAAGGUUUACUUUGACGUCGAGAUCGAAGGGAAACCUGCAGGUCGAAUUGUGAUGGGCCUAUUUGGGAAGACUGUGCCUAAGACAGCAGAAAAUUUUCGAGCCCUUUGCACAGGUGAGAAAGGUACGGGUAAAAGUGGGAAACCUCUUCACUACAAGGGGAGCACAUUCCACAGAAUUAUACCCAGCUUUAUGAUCCAGGGAGGUGACUUCACACUUGGUGAUGGAAGGGGUGGGGAAUCUAUCUAUGGUACAAAAUUUGCUGACGAAAACUUCAAACUCAAGCACACAGGACCAGGGUUUCUGUCAAUGGCAAAUGCUGGCCCUGAUACGAAUGGAUCUCAAUUUUUUAUCACAACCGUAACAACAAGCUGGUUGGAUGGUAGACACGUUGUUUUCGGUAAGGUGAUUUCUGGAAUGGAUGUGGUGUACAAAAUUGAAGCAGAAGGCCGACAGAGUGGAACACCCAAAAGCAAAGUUGUAAUUGCGGAUAGUGGGGAACUGCCAUUAUAAUUACAUUUCACUGCUUAAGAAGCCGUGUGGGUGGUAGAAGGGUGAUGACAUUUGUAAUGCAAUUACUUGGAUAUGCUAGGACCCUUAUUUCAUGGUGCUAGCCGCCUUAUUAUCUUAAAUCUUAAGAUACGAUAUGGUGAUACGUUUUGGAUAUUUCCAACUGGUUAUAUUAUAUUGGUGACAUCAUCUUUGCUGAAAUGAAUCAGGUUUUGGAAUUUUUCUUU